GGCUGAGUCAGAAGGACAGCAGCACAUAAAGCUCCAGUUCUGCCUUUGGGAGAUAAGGAGACCAGAACCCAGGCUCUUUCAUCUGGCUUUUAACACUAGCAGCUUUGGCCAUGGCUGGAUGGAGCUGCCUUGUGACGGGAGCAGGAGGGUUUCUGGGUCAGAGGAUCAUCCGCUUGUUGGUGGAGGAGAAGGAGGUACAGGAGAUCAGAGCACUGGAUAAAGUCUUCAGACCAGAAUUUCGGGAGGAAUUUUCUAAGCUCCAGAGCAAGAUCAAGCUGACCAUGCUGGAAGGAGACAUUCUGGAUGAGCAGUGCCUGAAGAGAGCCUGCGAGGGCACCUCAGCUGUCAUUCACACUGCCGGUAUCAUUGACAUCAUGAAUGUCAUUCACCCGGAGACCAUCAUGAAUGUCAAUGUGAAAGGUACCAAGCUCCUUUUGGAGGCCUGUGCCCAGGCUAGUGUGCCGAUCUUCAUCCAUACCAGCUCCUUAAUGGUGGCUGGGCCCAACUCCUACAGGGAGAUCAUCCAGAAUGGCCACGAAGAAGAGCAUCUUGAAACAACAUGGUCCUCUCCAUACCCAUACAGCAAAAAGCUUGCUGAGAAGGCGGUGCUGGCAGCCAAUGGGUGGACUCUUAAAAAUGGUGGCACCUUAUACACCUGUGCCUUAAGGCCCAUGUUUAUCUAUGGGGAAGGAAGCCCAUUCCUUUAUUACCAUAUGAAUAAGGCCCUGAAGAACAAUGGCAUCCUGGAACACAAUAGCAGGUUCUCCACAGCCAACCCAGUCUAUGUUGGCAAUGUGGCCUGGGCCCACAUUAUGGCCUUGAGGGCCCUGCGGGACCCCAAGAAGGCCCCAAGCAUCCAAGGACAAUUCUACUACAUCUCAGAUGACACACCUCACCAAAGCUAUGAUGACCUCAAUUACACUUUGAGCAAAAAAUGGGGCUUCUGCCUUGAUUCCAGAAUGAGCCUUCCCCUGUUUCUGAAGUACUGGCUUGCCUUCCUGCUGGAAAUAGUGAGCUUCCUGCUCAGUCCAAUUUACAACUAUCACCCUCCCUUCGACCGCCAGCUACUGACACUGUUAAAUAGUGAGUUUACCUUCUCCUAUAAGAAAGCUCAGCGAGAUAUGGGGUAUGAGCCACUCUUCAGCUGGGAGGAAGCCAAGCAGAGAACCAUGGAGUGGGUUGCCUCCGUGAUAGAACCACAUAUGGAGACCCUGAAAACAAAGACUCACUGAUCUGCGGGUGACAUGGAUGUAGAUGUGGGUAUUGCUGGGAGAUGUCUGCCAAGCUCUCCCCUUCUGGCUUCAUGCAGAAAGUACCACGAGCAUGAGCCCAGGCCCUACUGCCUCCUUUUCACAAGAUGGCCAUUUUAUUGUCUUCCUCCUGCCACCAGAAACCUUCCCAGUCACUGGCCCAACCAGAACCUUCUGCCCUACCCACCUUCCAGAGGACAGAGAAGGUGAUUUGCUGCAGUUGCUGAUACCAAAGUCUUAGUUGCUGAUUCUGAGCUCUUCGGGCCUCUUUUAACUUAGAGUUUUGCCUAUUAGUUCCAUUUCCUUUAUUAAAUGCAAAAGCAUUUCUCAUCUUUUAAAAAUUCCUAUUCCUUCACACAGCUCAAUGAAAAGAAUAAUAAAUGUUUUAAUGCCUAA